AUGGGCGACAGUGAGAGUGCCGAGAAGAUCUUUGAAGAGUGGGAAUCUCAGCAGUCAGUUUAUGAUGCUGAAGCUAUUAUUGCAAGGGUUAUACUGAAGGGUGCGAGACCUGAUGCAAAGUCAUGGUAUUCUUUGGCAAAAGUGCAUCCUGAUCAUGAUCAAACUGAGAAGGGAGUUGAGUUGACGAGAAAAGCACUUUUGGCUGUGCAGCCUGGUUGGAAGACCAACAAGGAUGUUUUGGCUGCCUGUCUCAACUACUUGAUAAAGAAACCUGAUCCAGAGGGUGCCAAGGAAUAUAGAAAGCUCCUCACCGAUAAGAAUAUUAUCACCGUGAUUACACAGGCGAGACUGUUGAAUAAGAUAAAUGAGGCGGAUUCAAACUCUGUAACACCAGGUGAAAUGGAAGGGGAUGGUCGAAAUGGAGAUGAAGAAGCAAGUGAGGUUUCAGAAGUGGAGGGGAGUCGUAGCUGCUAG